GCCUCUUGGGGUCGCCCGCCACGGGCAGGGCGCGCGUGGGGACCCCGGCGCGAGUGGAAGUGGCCGCCGCAGCCGCCCUCGGCGCUGCGCCGUGAGGAGUGGGUGGAGGGCACCGAGCGGGCGGCGCGAAGCCGAGCGGCGGCCACCGGGGGGCGGGGGCGCCUCGGAGGAGGGGUGGGAGCGCGGCCGCCCGACCCUCCCGCAGGCGGCGGCUCCCGCUCGGAUGAACCUCUAGUCUUGCUUUGAAAAAAAGCCAUUUUGUGUAACUCUUGACUGAAUCAUUUCCUAACCCACCUGUUGCGAGGAUCUCUGACACAGUAUGCCAUUUGAGAGGUACUUUUUCUUGAUCAAAUACUGGUGAUUAGAGACGAGAGGUGUUUUUGUCUCUUGUUUUUUUCCCUGAUCAUUAUGAACAUUGGCUUUUCACCCUGAAGGAAAAAUGUUGAAAACUGAGUCUUCAGGCGAACGCAGCACUCUCAGAAGUGCCUCUCCUCACAGGAAUGCGUAUAGAACCGAGUUCCAGGCACUGAAAAGCACCUUUGACAAACCCAAGUCAGAUGGGGAACAAAAAACAAAAGAAGGUGAGGGCUCCCAGCAGAGCAGGGGGAGGAAAUAUGGCUCCAAUGUCAACAGAAUUAAAAACCUAUUUAUGCAGAUGGGUAUGGAACCCAGUGAGAAUGCUGCAGUCAUUGCCAAAACAAGGGGCAAAGGUGGACCUUCGUCUCCUCAGAGAAGAAUGAAGCCCAAAGAAUUUCUGGAGAAAACGGACGGCUCAGUUGUUAAGUUGGAGUCCUCCGUUUCAGAACGAAUCAGUAGAUUUGACACAAUGCACGAUGGCCCUUCAUAUUCUAAGUUCACAGAAACUCGGAAGUUGUUUGAGAGAAGCGUGUAUGAAUCCGGACAGAACCACCGUUAUUCCCCAAAGAAAGAGAAAGCUGGAGGCAGUGAACCUCAGGACGAAUGGGGUGGUUCGAAGUCCAACAGAGGCAGUACUGAUUCCUUGGACAGCCUCAGCUCCCGGACAGAGGCUGUCUCCCCCACCGUGAGCCAACUGAGUGCAGUAUUUGAAAAUGCCGAUUCCCCCAGUUCCACCAUUUCCGAGAAGGCUGAAAACAGUGAAUACUCAGUGACUGGACAUUAUCCCCUAAAUUUACCAGCUGUGACAGUUACGAAUCUGGACACCUUUGGUCACCUGAAGGAUUCUAAUUCUUGGUCUCCUCCAAGCAAACACGGUGAUGACUCAGAGGAUGCUCGGAAGAGUAACACAUCCUUAGUAACAGAAGUGGCUUUGAAAAGUACCUCUCUAGCUUUGAUGCCUAGUGAAGAGACACAGCAGAGCAGGGAGGCUGAGGACUCCACAUCUAACCAAGAGACUCCUGACAGAGUUGACAAGGACAUCCGUGAAGAACCUUGUGCUGAGGAUAAGGCAAUGCCAAAGUCUGACAUCCUUUCACCACAAAAUGAACCUUUAGAAGAUGCCAAAGCUAAUUUGGUUGGGAAUGAAGCAGCAAUGCCACAGAAGAGAGAACUUGCAGGUGGUGAUUUUAUCUCUGCUGAUGCUUCUGGAUCCAGGGGUGGAAAGGAAGUAUCCGAAGAUACAAGUAGUGUUGAGGGUUCCCAUGUUUACAUGCACAGUGACUAUAAUGUAUACAGGGUAAGAUCCAGGUGUAAUUCGGACUGGGGAGAGACAGGCACUGAACAGGAUGAGCAGGACGAUAGUGAUGAGAACAAUUACUAUCAGCCUGACAUGGAAUACUCAGAAAUUGUCGGAUUGCCAGAAGAAGACGAAAUCCCAGCAAAUAGGAGAAUUAAGUUUAGUAGUGCUCCAAUUAAGGUUUUCAGCACAUACUCCAACGAAGACUACGACAGGAGGAAUGAUGAGGUUGACCCAGUGGCUGCGUCAGCUGAGUAUGAACUUGAAAAGCGUGUAGAAAAGCUGGAUCUUUUCCCAGUGGAACUGGAGAAAGAUGAGGAUGGACUUGGCAUAAGUAUUAUUGGAAUGGGUGUUGGAGCAGAUGCUGGACUUGAAAAGCUGGGAAUAUUUGUCAAGACAGUAACAGAAGGUGGUGCUGCUCAGCGGGAUGGCAGAAUACAAGUCAAUGACCAGAUUGUAGAAGUGGACGGAAUCAGCUUGGUGGGUGUUACACAAAAUUUUGCAGCAACAGUUCUCAGAAACACCAAGGGCAAUGUCAGAUUUGUUAUUGGGCGAGAAAAACCAGGACAAGUGAGUGAGGUUGCGCAGUUGAUAAGCCAGACGCUGGAACAGGAGAGGCGCCAGAGAGAACUGCUGGAGCAGCACUACGCCCAGUACGACGCAGACGACGACGAGAACACUGUGGCUGAGUUGCAAGGAGUGCCUGGCAACUGCAAUAACAAUAACAACUAUUUCCUUAAGACAGGGGAAUAUGCCACAGACGAAGAGGAGGAUGAGGUAGGACCUGUCCUUCCUGGCGGUGACAUGGCCAUUGAAGUCUUUGAGCUGCCUGAGAACGAGGACAUGUUCUCCCCGUCGGACCUGGACACAGCCAAGCUCAGCCACAAGUUCAAAGAGUUGCAAAUCAAACAUGCAGUUACAGAAGCAGAGAUUCAAAAAUUGAAGACCAAGCUUCAAGCAGCAGAAAACGAGAAAGUGAGGUGGGAACUAGAGAAAACUCAACUCCAGCAGAAUAUCGAGGAGAAUAAAGAGAGGAUGUUGAAGCUGGAGAGCUACUGGAUCGAGGCCCAGACACUGUGCCACACAGUGAACGAACACCUCAAAGAGACGCAGAGCCAGUACCAGGCCUUGGAGAAGAAGUACAACAAGGCUAAGAAGCUGAUCAAGGACUUCCAACAAAAAGAACUUGAUUUCAUCAAGAGACAGGAGGCAGAAAGAAAGAAAAUAGAAGAUUUGGAAAAAGCUCACGUUGUGGAAGUUCAAGGCCUACAAGUACGGAUUAGGGAUUUGGAAGCUGAGGUGUUCAGGCUACUGAAGCAAAAUGGGACUCAAGUCAAUAAUAACAACAACAUCUUCGAGAGAAGAACAUCUCUUGGUGAAGUCUCUAAAGCAGAUACCAUGGAGAACUUGGACGUCAAGCAGAUGUCUUGUCAGGACGGCCUGAGUCAAGACUUGAAUGAAGCAGUCCCAGAGACAGAGCGCCUGGAUUCCAAAGCCCUGAAGACGCGAGCCCAGCUCUCCGUGAAGAACAGGCGCCAGAGGCCCUCUCGCACCAGACUCUAUGACAGUGUCAGUUCGACAGAUGGGGAGGACAGUCUCGAGCGAAAGCUGUCAAACAGUUUCUAUAACCACGUGCAUAUCACCACACUUCUGCCCAAGGGUUUGAGAACUUCCUCCCCAGAAUCAGAUUCUGGUGCUCCAUCCGUCACCUCUGUGGCUGACUGUGUGCCCUUCUCGGAGUCUGACCACGCAGCCGAAUUCCAAGGCCCACUGCACUCUGAAAGGGAGCCUUCCUCCUCUGCUUGGGGAGGCACUUCACUCUCCUCUCCUUCAAAAUCUGAUCAUGAAAUGGAAGACUCUCCCUGCCACCAUCAAGCCACCACCAGGAAAACAUCAGAGGAAAAAGACAGUGCCAAAGGCCCCAAAUCACUGAGGGCACCCAGUUCAUUGGUGGUGCAAGGAGGAAAGAUUAAGCGGAAGUUUGUGGAUCUGGGGGCGCCCUUGAGAAGGAACUCCAGCAAGGGAAAGAAAUGGAAAGAAAAGGAGGCCAGCAGGUUUUCUCCAGGUAGCAGGGUCUUCAGAGGCAGGCUGGAGCACUGGAAGCCCACGGCGUCCUCCGCAGCGCCCGCCUCCCCACGCUCGCCUUGCAUGCCUUUCUCGUGGUUUCCUGAAAGCCGCAAAGGAUCCUAUUCCUUCAGGAACCUGCCUUCACCUACAAGUCCCCUCCAGCCUUCUCCUGAAACUCUAAAUUCAGAUAAAAAGGGGUCCAAGAAUUUUACCUUCAACGAUGACUUCAGCCCCAGCAGUACCAGUUCGGCAGACCUGAGCGGCCUGGGAGCGGAACCCAAAACCCCAGGGCUCUCUCAGUCCUUGGCACUGUCGUCAGACGAGAGCCUGGAUAUGAUAGAUGACGAGAUCCUUGACGACGGACAGUCUCCCAAACACAGUCAGUGUCAGAAUCGGGCCGUGCAGGAGUGGAGCGUGCAGCAGGUUUCCCACUGGCUGAUGAGCCUAAAUCUGGAGCAGUAUGUAUCUGAAUUCAGUGCCCAAAACAUCACUGGAGAGCAACUUCUGCAGCUGGAUGGAAAUAAACUGAAGGCUCUUGGAAUGACAUCAUCCCAGGACCGAGCAGUGGUCAAAAAAAAACUCAAGGAAAUGAAGGUGUCUCUCGAGAAGGCUCGGAAAGCUCAAGAGAAAAUGGAAAAGCAAAGAGAAAAGCUGAGGAGGAAGGAACAGGAGCAAAUGCAGAGGAAAUACAGAAAGACAGAGAAGACGACAGCCGCAGCAGAGGGCGCUGGCGAGCAGUGACCCACACCCGCCCAGGAGGUGCGGGUGCUCCAGAGAGUCUGCCCUCCUCCCGCCCUGCUCUCCUCCGAGGAAUGAAGAAGAAACUGAUGACGGGGUAAUGUGCUGUGGAGGCGGGUCGGGGAGCCUCGUGUUGAAUGACUGCAUUUGCUGUGAUAACGGAAUACCCUUCAUUUUAACCUACUGAAAAAAACCCCGGGCAACCUUUAGUUCAUUAACAAACCAAGGAGUUCGUUUGUGAGAGAUGCAAAUUGGGUAUGCUUCCCUCUUCUCUGACUUACCAAUAGCUUGUGCUGUGUUGCGUGGGUGGGUGCGUCACUUGAGGGAAAAGCCAGCAUGACAGUGCCCAGCAAGAGCGUGGGUUGUUGCCGAGUGCCGUGAAUUUUUGGAAUGGGGUCCUGACCCUGCGCAUUGGUAUCUGCUGUGUGGCUAAGAGCACUACUCUGUCACGAGAUUGGGGCUGCAGGAUCCACUUCAGUGUGUGGGCAAGGUUUCCCCCAUUUCUGUGUCUGGACAGUGAGACAACCCCACCACAGAAACCUGGGUGUUCUGCCACAAGAUUACCUACUGUGGCAAAAGGCAAGCAGACUGUCCUGCUUGCUGGGCAUAUGAAAGGGAGAAAAGAAUUACAGUUAUUUGUGAACCCCAAAAGAAAGCAGAAGCCUUAAGAAUAUAGAUGUGGCUAUUACCUUGUGAUUCUAGGGGUAACAUUUAUCCUCUAGACUCAGUUGAACAAAGGAAAAAGAUAUUAAGGCAGCCAUGGGAUAUUGGGAUCUGUCAUUUGCUUUGUAACUGCUGCGCUUCAGGAUCUUAGCGGCCCUGGCACACUCCACACAGUUCUUUUUCCCCAACAAAUUGAACAGGAAAUUGAUUUUUAAGGAAACCGACAUUUUCAGGUUUCCUCUCCUGGGGAACAUUCUGGCUAGUCUUCAGCCUGACUGUGACACAGUCAGGAACUCGUCACACAUUUUCUCCUCAAAAGAUUUCCCAAGUGGACUCAGUUAGUAUUUUAACAAAUGUACUUUUUAGAAAAAUAGAAGGACCAGUUUGAGGAAACUUAGAUUUGAGUAACAUUCAACCAGAGAGGCAAUUUCAUGGAGCGCACAGAAUGUCCCUGCGAAGGAGAGCUGUCAGUUACGUUUAGCAAUGCUUUCAGUGGUUUUCAGAGCCAUGCUCUUCCAUCCUUCAGAGAUUUUCACUUUACAAUUAAAGAGUGUUUAAGGCAGUGCACAGCAUCUAGUCAGGCAGUGGAAGCAGUUCGGCCUGUGUUAACACCAGCGCCUGAUUCAGGUGCCGGGGACUAGAGCAGAAGGAGGAAAAAAGAACUCAUCGUGAGAGAUUCCCAAUUAUGGAUCUUAUUUUCGUUCUUGUUGUUGCUUUGCCUUUUAUGUCUAAAUAUCUGGUUGUCUUUGCUGCACUGGCUCUGAAAAUGAGGUCAUCCACUUUCCAAGGGACGAGUUCCGAAAUGAGAGUUGAGGGCAGGCAAACUCUUGGACAAAUAUUUCACUUCCUAUACUACUUGGAGAGUCUCCAUUCAGACCUUCCACUGGAAAUGUUAUAUACGCAGAGCUUGGGGAGGGGCCUGUGGGGGUUACAGGUAACAGACAAUGCAGGGCUCCCACCCACAGAGCCCCAUCUCACAUCUGAACGUUGUGAUUUUAUUUUUUGCUUGCCUGAAGAUUCGAAAUCUGGAAUUGUCUAAACUAGAACAUUGCGAUUCUGUUCUUUCCCAAAUGUAUCAUCUGUUAAACUUCCAGUGCUUUUGUCUCUCGGUGCAGACCAUUCCCUCCUUCCUCAGUAACACUGGCCAAAAGUUACACUGUGCUUUACAGUGAGCAACGUCACCACGUAUGUUUUUCCUGUCUGCCUUCAUUUCCGGGUGUGAUAAUGAAACUACCGUACUGGAUAUUCUGUUACUGUUCCGAGACGUGUGGUGCUUUGCUAUUUAUUAAUACCAUGAGAAACAAGGAACCACUAUUAUGAACUACAAAAUCCAGCAAACUUUUUCUAAUACUAAAAGACUAAAGUAGUCAAAAUCUGGUACUACUCCUGCUUGCUAUUAUAAAUUUUUGCCAUUUUUACUUGUCUUUGAAAAAAGUGACCUGGAUCACACUGGAAGUUUCACUGUAUUCAUUUUAAAAAUGGAAAUAGAAGGAUGAUUAUCUUAAGUUAUGUUUACACUUUGGUAAUAUUUGAAAAUGAUUGUAUAUACUGGAAAUGUCUAUAAGUCUCAGUCUCUGACCAUAAUUUAUGAUCUAGUAUAUUGCAUUUUCUUAAAUGUCUUAGAAUAUUGUUCUUUGUCUUCAAUUUAUUUGUACCCUUCCAAUAUUUAAAUUAAUGACCAACUGACAAUAUUAUUAAUCAAAUUCUUCUUCUUCAGAUCACUUAGUUUGUGUUGUAACUAUUUUGAUUUUUUAAGUUAAAUUAUAGUAGUUUUCACCUUAAUUUGUUAUUUUUAACAUUACUAUUUAAGACUGCUGAAGAAAUUAUAAGAGGCGCUUAAUUUGCUUGUCCAACAAAGGAUAAAAUGUAAGCUGAUUGAUGAAAGAGCAUGAAAACAGAGGGAAGGACCUCAGAACUUGUGAGCAUUUUGUCUCCCUACGAUUUCUUUAUCCACACCAGUGCACGACGCCUCACCGCGGUCCCAGUGUCUUACACAACUCCUGCUUCAAAGCUGGUGCGCUUCAGUGCCGUACAACCUAACACAGAACUGUUGCUUCGUGAACCUUGAAGACUUUGCCUUUUUUUUUUUCCUUGAUCAAAGUGAAAGGAAUAUCUGGUUACUAUGAACUAUAUGUUCCCUAAAUGACAGUUCUGUAUGACUGACAGUAGCCAGGAGUGUUUUGGGGUACAGGUGAUGCUUUGGGGGGGCAGGGAAUGUGCGGUGAGGCCAAGCUGUGGACCAAGAGCAUUGUAUCAGCUCAGCAUCCAGGUGGGGCUUUCCAUUGAAGGGCUUUAGCUUUGUAACAGAAUUACUUUAUUUAAGACUAUCUCCCAUAAAGUAGUUCACAGUUUAUGUCAUAGUUUUCUCACUCUUUUUUAUUUUCUUUGCCUGAAUCAGAUGUUAUUUUCAGAGUAAUAAGUUAUGAGAGAAACCUAAUUUUGCCCAUUCUAACAGAUUGAUGAAGUCCACCUCUAGUUUUAUGAUAGUAAAGUUAUUCUAGGCUAUGUUUCUUUAGCUAGGGUUGAUGAAUUUCCUGCCCUCAACAUCACAUAAGCAUUUUUACCCCCAGUGCUAAUGUCAGACUUGUUGUGAAAUGGGAACACCUACCUGGUGCUCCUUUGUUAUUGUUGCAAACAAAGUAGCAAGAGGAUGAGAGAGAAACCAAAUUAACCUUUGCUGCUGCCUAUACUGCAGUUGUCUCCAGCCUGAAACCUUGAGAUAUCCCAGGCCCGAUCUACAAGAAUAGUCACAGGUCGUCUGAUCAUAAUUAGCCUUUGUGGGUUUUGCUGAAGACAAAGAAUUCUCACCUAGGUCGUGUGUGUGUGAUUGGAUUAGCAUGUGCUUAAAAAUUAUAUUUUAAAAGGUAAAUGAAAAUCUGCAUUUAUAUGGAUAUUCUAACUCAUUCAGAAGUGUUACAGGUUAUAACAGACCAAGCCUCAAAAGAGAAAAACUCAGUAUUUCACAGUAGUUUUCAAGAAGACUCUUAAGGGAGGUGUCCUAACAAUUCUAAAGAAGUAUCUACAUUUUGAAGGUGUUAUAGCUUCCUUGCUACGUGGAGGCAUUUAAGAAUUACCAAGUUUCAUGUGAGUAACUCCGUAAACUGCCCCAAGAGAGCUGUAGAUGAGGGACGUUUCACUGUGGUAGACAGCGGUCACUAAGGUUCCCGUCCCCGAACUAAUGCUAAGUCCUGAGUGCUUUCUGAGUUUUUCAAACCUACCUUCAAUCAAGGGCCUACCUGUACACUGUUCUUCAGAAGCUAGGCCAUUAAGGAUGAGGUCCAGAAAUCCCAUGUCCAUAUUUUUGACUAGAAUUGUUUUCAUUAUGAUGAUGGGGCGGGCAGUAAAUUUCUUUAAAAAAGCGUAAGAAAUAUGAAUGCGGUUGCUGCGAUUCAUUCCUGAAAAACCGCCACGUUCUGCAGGCAGAUUGUAGUUAUAUUUGUCUUAGUUAUUUAAAGUCUCAGGAAAUUUAGUCUUGGUCCAAAACACUGGGGAAGAAAAUAACACCAGACAGCACACCGGUGGUGUUUGCAUGACUUAAAGUAGUAGCAAGGAGUAGACGCAGCUGUAGUCUCAGGGCAGGGACAAAGCCUACAGACCAGCUUCCACCUGGAAAAUGAAAGCAGCAGGUCCCACCUGACGAUGGACAGAGGAUCCUUGCGUGCCUGUGCAUGGUGUCCGUGUGGGUGCAUUGAGGGCAUGGUUGCUACUUGAAGGCUCACAUACCAAGCACAGCACCUGCCCUGCUUCCAAGGGCACAGAGUGGGCAAGGAAAGGAACAGGAUGAUUUCCAGUCCUUGGCUCAACCCCAAGCCCAACCCCCAAACUGCUAGGGAUUCGAGAAUGAAUAAGAGGCAAGGGAAAAAAAGAACAAGAGGUAACGUCUCAGUAAUGUGCAUGCCACUUGUGUAGAUAUACAGACUACAUAUGUGUGACUAUAUCUUCUACCUUACACACACAUACUGCAAUGCCAUGGCAUUUAAAAAAAAUAGAUAUUGUCUUUGGAACUUGGUAUCAUCAGUUAGGACACCCAGCAGUAAUCAUAGCCUUAUUGCCACUUUUUGUGUUGUAUAUACAUUGAAUGGCUCAUAAGAUCUUAAGAGAUUUUUUUAAUGUAUUUCUUCUACUAAAUGCACUUAUCCUUCUACAUGUCUAUAUAUUUUGGUAAAAUUGAUUAAUUAGAAACUUGGUAUUUUAGUAAGAUAAAACUUCCUGAAGUGUUUGGUUAAUGCUUUGAUGUCAAGAUUGCACAUUGCUGAGUUGAAACUCAGAAGUUUAUGCAGCUUUGGGCAUUUUCAACUGCAGACUGCAGUUUCCUUGGCUAAAAAUUGCACUGUGUGUUCUUGUGCAUUCGCUCCUGCUCUACUAGGACAUUUUCAGUAGCCGUGAUGCCUAAGUCACUAACUACUGGCUCUCUGACGGCGGCGUUGCCGUCACGUGACAUUUAGCUCCCUUUUGCCAAGCAAUGGCCUGGGUAGGUCAUUGCCAAAUGGAUGUCAGUGUGAGUGUGUUGUUGGAAGGUGUACACUCCUCGUUCUCUCAGCUAUUUUAUUAAUACACCUGGGUUUUCUGGUAAGGAUUUAAGCUUUCACGUAUGAAAGAACGAUUGGCCAAAGAUAAUUAAAUUACCUUAAAAAGUGGGAAUUCAGAGGCACUCUGGCGAGGUAACACCUCCCAACAACAUAAGAUUUAGUUAGUGCUCAGUGAAAUCCCUUAAAUAUUUAUGCCUAUGUUUUCCUGGAUAUUAUUUAUGGUCAUCACUACUGCUUUUGUAUUUUUUAAUGGAGUUACAAUGAAACCACAGGUGUGCGUGCUGCAUACGACUGACAAACUAACCAGCUGAAAGACGAGAAGGAGAGAGAAUGAAUUCUGUGAGAAGUUGAUUUAUUUGACUCUUUCUUUAUAUAAAGGCAAAAAGUGGUUUGAAAGUAAUUUUAAGUCCACUAAAUGUGGACAGCAUGUUCUCUGACACUUAUGAUUUGUGCUCUUCGGUGUCUGAUCAUUUGCAUGGAAGAGACGACAGUGCCGCGUCUGAAUUGUUCUCCUGUGCUCGGUUGAUAUGUAUUUCUCUAGAUCAUUCUGUUUCAAAUGGCAUUUCUUACUCUUUGGUUUUCAGAAGCAUUCGAAGCAAAAUAUCCUUUGUUUUCCGACCAAUCUAAAACCCCGUGUGAUUAAAUCCCAUUUGUCAGUGUAAAUAAAGUUCUCGCCAAUGAGUAUUGUUGUUGUUAGACGGCGAAUGCAAUAAAAAGAGAAACACCACA